GGUGUCAACUCAACUGGAGAGGGGGAGAAAAAAAAAAACGACAGGGAGUUACCUCAGCGCUUUCCGAGACAUGAGAUCGGGUCAUUUACCAGCCUGUUCCCUGACCUAUUAAAGCAGGAAAUCACGAAUUUCACAUAAGCGGGGGGAAGCCUGGAGAAGUGGUCCAGGGGAAAACGGCGCACUGCUCCUUUCCCCGUUUUUUUUUUCCUUCCUGCUGCCGGCGGAUCAGUCGGAGUCUGAGGGGCGUGCGCGCGCGCGUGCCUGUGUGUUUACAAGUGUUUGAACGGGUGCCAGAAACGAGGGAAGAAGGAGGACGAAAACCCAAAAGGAAAGAGGGAUGGUGGACAACUCCAGCAGUAGCAAGGCGCAAAUGCCGAGCAUGUCUCAGGAGCCCAGCGUGGUCUUUCCGCAGAGCACCUCCACAGGGGGGAUGAAGCUGGAGGCCGUGAUGGAGCAGCUCCAGCGCCAGCAGCAGGCCCGUCUGGAAAUGGAGAGGAAGGAGCGGAAGCUGCGAGAGGCCCACAUCAUGUACGCUCAGCAGGUCGCUGCCCAGCAGGCCAUACUGGCCGCGGCCCGGGCCUCCGGGGCAAGCUUCAUGGGCAAAGGCAUGGCCGGAGGCGUUCCUCCCGGCGGCUUGCCUCCUCGGGUGUCCAAUCAGAGCAGCGUGGACUCAGAAAGAGAGGAGGAUGAGGACCGAGGCCGGGAUUCGGGCGACGAGGACGACGACAACGAGAUGAUGGAAGGAGACGAGGGCAGCGACGAGGACGAGGGGAACGCCAGCGGCCUUGAGUUCCUCCGCAAGCAGACCCUGGCUCUGCAACAGAACGCCUCCCGCAUCCAGGCGCGUCCGUUCGCGGGCUACUCCAUGUCGGCCCCCCAGAGGGCCGCCUCCCCACCUGUUAGAGUGAAGCAGGAGCCUGAUGAGGGCAUGUCCCCCGCAGGGCCGAACUCUUCUACCUCCCCUAAUGGACAGGCCGACUGGGGGUUCGAUGACCACUUCAGACAGAAUGGCAGUGCUGGAUGGACAGAUGAAGCUGACAGCAACAGAGGAAGAGGAGAAGCCUCCAGGGACUUUGCUAAGCUGUAUGAGCUCGACAGUGAUCCAAAAAGGAAGGAAUUUUUGGAUGAUCUCUUUACCUUCAUGCAGAAACGAGGAACCCCGGUCAAUCGCAUUCCCAUCAUGGCCAAGCAGGUCCUGGAUCUGUAUAUGCUUUACAAGCUGGUAACGGAGAAAGGAGGCCUUGUGGAGGUUAUCAACAAGAAAAUCUGGAGAGAAAUCACCAAGGGACUCAACCUGCCCACAUCCAUCACCAGUGCUGCUUUCACUCUGCGCACACAGUACAUGAAAUACCUGUACCCGUACGAGUGCGAGAGGAAAGGUCUCAGCUCCCCAGGUGAGCUGCAAGCCGCCAUCGACAGUAACCGGCGCGAGGGCCGUCGUCCUAGCUACAGCAGCAGCCUGUUCCGCUUCUCUCCUUCUCCAAGCACGGCUCCCCACAUCCUCUCUCCUCCCAAGAUGCAUCUGGCAGGUCUUGGCGCUGGGACCUCAGUGGCCCUCAAUGGCCUGCAGGCUUCUCCAGGACCCUCUCUGAAGAAAGAAGACCUGACUCCUGCAAUCAUGGCAGCGAGACCUCCUAUUGCGCUGUCUCUGGGUCAGCAGCAGGUGGCUGGUUUGGCGAGAGCCGCCACUCUGGAGCAGCUCAGAGAAAAGCUGGAGACCAGUGGAGGCGGAGAGGGGCCAGAGAGGAAGAUGGCCCGCCUGGCAGAGGAGCAGCAGCGCCUCAUGCAGCAGGCUUUCCAACAUAACUUGCUGGCCAUGGCAUCCCAAAUGCCCAUGAACCUGCGCUUGGGAGCCCCCACCAUUACCACCAGAGGUCAGCGUUGCCAAGAUGAGAAGCAGCAGGACAUGUCUCUGAGCAUCUCUACCAAUGGGAAUGCCAGCAUCACUGUAUCUGUGGAGGUUAAUGGCACAAUCUACUCAGGAACCCUAUUCGCCCAGAAGUCCGGUGGGGCGCCAGGGCCUGUUGUUGCUGCUAGUGCUGCCUCAUCAUCCCCUGCUGGAACCAGCACAAGCUUUGGCUUCUCUGCUCCCCAAGCUCAGACCCUCAGCCCCACACCCUCCUCCACCUGCUCCUCCAAGGGCUCUGGCUCUGCUGAGCUGGCCCCCAGCGGGUCCCCCUAAGUCGAGCUUUACUUGGUAUCCGCUCCCUAUGCCGCUAUUCCACAGCAAGGCCCCAGCAUGAAUUACCAUUACAAUGAGAAACCGAUAAGAAUAAGAAAAACUGUUGCACAACAAAUACCUCAACAACCCUGUCAACCUUUUGGCUGUCCAAUCAUGAGCAUAAGAGCCCCCGAAUAUCACACACACUCACAUGAAUUCACCGCGCUGCAUUAGAUUCACCGCGCACACAGAUAUGCACAGAAUCACAAAUUGACACACGAAAUUGACACACUCAUACACUUAUUAAUCCUAGUGUACAUGCUAGACACAAUCAGCUCAGCCAAAACCCACUGACAGGCGUAUCCACAACUGAACUUGAAAGGUUUUUUAUCUUAGGACAUUUUGUUUGUUUGUUGCCAUUUUGUUGUCUUUUUGAUUUUGUGUUUUUAGGAUGAUUUUGUUCAUUUUUUUUUUUCAGUUUUUCCUCUUUUUACGUACCUCAAAUCAAGUAACCUGCAGUGGUGUCUUUACCUCAGGAGCUGUAGAAUAUUUAACCUGAAUCAACUUUUUUUUAAUAUAUAUAUAUAUUCUUUUUGAACGUGUUGCAAUCAGGAGAAGUCGGGUAACUCUCACCAACACAACCUCAUGCACCGAGCACUCACCUCACAGCAAUAGGCCUCCAACCCAGGCCGUUUAGGUCUCAAUCACACGGUAGCUUCGUGGUAAACUCGGACUGGUGAAUGAUAAGAUGAUGCUGUGGAUCGGCAGAUUAAAUACCUCAUUUCACAACUACCCUCUGUUAAGGUCCGUUAGAAAGGUUGGACGCACCGACCCAUCGGGGAUCAUCUCAAUAAAUACAAAUAUCUUUUAAAAGGUUAUUUGUUUCAUUUAAUUCAAAAAGGGAAGCUCGCUGAGUUUUAUCACAGGGCGAUGUGUUUCAAGCGUUUAUAUCUGUGAAUUUAAUCAUUAUGGCUUAACCUAAAUAUAAGCUUCUCAGAAAAUGUGGGAAAAAAAAGGAUUUUUAAUGCAUAAAUAUUGGCCUACACUCAAUGCUUGGUUGAAGCUCCUCCAGCAUGAAUUACUGCAGCAAUGUGACCUGACUGGGAAAUGGUCAGCCUUUAGCCUAGCUGAGGCUUUAAGGAAGCCUAGAUUGAUUUUGAUAUCGGCUUUCUGCUCAUCUGCAUCUUUGACCCCAGUUUCUCUGAAUUCCUUACAUAGGAACACCCAAAAUGUUCUUUGUCAAGUUUAGGUCAAGCCAGUUUCCUGGCUAGUCAAGCAUGGUGACACCAUGGUCAUUAAAGCAGGCACUGGUACUUUUGGCAUGCUGCUAAAAAUUAAAUUACGUUGCCAUCUCUCUAAAGCUUCAGCAGAGGUAGAAAUUGCUUGGUUGAUGGCUCGCACAUCUCCUGAAGGCGUGUGUGUGAUGGAUCUUAAAGCAAGGACUCCAGCUACAGGUUACAUCUUGUGAAUCUCCCUUAAUCUCUCUUAAACAGGCAGUUUUCCUCAUACCUCACGUUCCAAUAAUAGACUUGGAUCUUUGGCAAGGCCUUUUGAAGGCUAACUGGAAGUAGCCUUUACCAUGAUUGUCUUGGCCUUAGCAUGAUUAGAACAUUUCUGCACUAAAAAUUAUUUUUGAAAUUGGUUUUAUGUAACUUCCUAAUUGUCUCAGAAGCCACAUUUUUGGAUUUAUAGCCAUAAUCGUCAAAAUGAACAGAAAAAGCGACUGAAAUAUAUCAAUUCUUGGUUUAAUAAAUCUAUAGGAUAUGAAUGAGUUUCACUUUUUGAAUUAAACUUCAAAUAAAUCAACUUUUUUUGUUGAUAUUUCUAUCUAUUGAGAUGCACCUUUAAUUCCGUUGCUCACAGGUGUUUGUUUAACGAUUUAACGCACAAAGUUUGGGGGGGGGGGGGGGAACAGCAGCUCUUGUCCAACAACAAGUCCAGGAGACCCUGAGCUCAUGUCUCUGCUCACAGACCUACCGCGGCGUUCAAAAACCCAGCUACACAGUCCCGUUUUGACCCUCCAUCCCAUAUUUUGGUUUGCAUCCUUCCACCUGAAUGUCCAAUCGGACGGCGUCUUCAUCAGUAAGUAGUUCCCAGCCCUCACACUGGCCUCUCUCUUCUGGAGGGCGUCUCUCUCAGGAAAGCAAAGUGACAACCGCAAGGAAUCACUGUUAAUUUAAAGAAGAUUCAUUUGUGAAGAAUGCACAAGACUACGUGACUGUCUGAAAAAAAAAAAAAAGAAAAUACCUCAUUAGACUCUCUGAAAUCGAGAGCGACACUACAUACCUCGGCUGUAAAGCCAAAUCCUGCCUGAACUGAAACUGACAUGGAUGUACUGACACACUGCGGGUGGGUUUUGGGGAGAGAAAAAAAAAAAAAAAAAAAAAAAGAGUUGGGAGGGGUUUGCUUUCUUUCUGCUGUAUUUACUCAUAGACCCUGUUUCAUGCAUUCUUUCUUGCUUUCUUUUCUGAGGGUGGGAUUUUGCGGGUGGGGGGGGGGGGUUGGUCUGAGGGAAGUGAUAUAUGCAUUUUUUUUUUUUUUUCAGGGAAGAGGAACAGAAAUGUUCGUUCCUCGCUGUUGUGUAGAUUUGCAGGAUUGUGUUAAUCUGAGAUUUGAUUGCGAUGGGAGAAAAUGCGUUUUAAUUCUUUCUUGACAGUUUUCAAAUGAAAUGCAUGUGUACAAUCAUGUGACCAGUGUUAGAACACAUUCAUUUUCUGGUUAUUGCACAGCUAGAUACCAAAGACUAGUCCGGCUGGUCGUUCUUGUACAAUCCUGGUUGCACGUGCUGAGAUGCAUUUAGAAAACACAUCUGAGUGUCUGUUGGACUGCAAAACGACGUCCCACCUAAACCCUUUCAACCUAAUCAUGGACAUUUUUGUGAAAACUAUGUCAGGUGUGGUGUAAGUCUUUGCUUUUUUCCCCCCCACAUUUUUAUUACAUGCCUUCACUUCCUGCAAUCAAUUAAAACUAGAUUAAAUCAAAUCUGAACAUGUAACAAUUAUCAUAUGUGGCCUGUGUAGGAGAGAUUAAAGUGUUAUACAGAACAAAGGCCAGAUCGCAUGGCGCUGUCUACAGGCUCAGUGGGCCACAGUUUCAGUCCCUUCCAGCCAAACACACUUCCUGAUGGUCCAGACAUCGGUGGAUUAUAUCACGCCAUGUUAUAAGAUCCAUGCUCUCCUUUGAAUUUUUCUAAAAUAAUGUAACUUUAAUAAGGUUUAAAAUGGAUUUUCCAGCUUCACCUGCGUUGAAUUCCAGGCCUUGAUGCUUGACUGUGUUUUUAGCCACUAAAUGUGAGGUCCAGCAGCUUAUGGCUAUGCAGUUAAUUUUAGUUUGGUUCACACAUAACUAGCUCAUUAAGAAGGGAAUCAGAAUGCUGCCUUAACGUAGUUGCUGGUGAGAUCUGGUCACUGCAGGUUUCAGGUCGGUAACUUUUGGUAGGUUUAUUACCUGCUGUUUGGAUAACUGUGUCACACCGCUCGUACUUUUAACAGCUAAGUUUUUGAUAUUUAUUUGUAUUUUUGUUGAUUCUGGUCAAUCUUGUUUAGCUUAAUCAUCUAAGCUGUGUAACUAAAACAUUUUUAUUAUUAAGUCCAAUUUGUCAGUUUCAUUUGCUUAGUUUUUUUUUUGGUUUGUUAAAGGUUGUUUGAUAGAGUAGCCUCACUGCCUUUGUAUGUUUCUGUGUUUGAGCGUGGGAGUGUGUGUGUGUGUGUGUAAGCCGGUUUAGUAUAUUAUUGAGCAUAUUUGUAGUAACAGUAUAGAUACUGCAGAUGACGCCAAUUUUGUAUCUGCUGAUUCAUAACAAGAUGAUGGGCUUGCUGAAAGAUGAAUACAUUCAAAAAAGAAAUUUUCCCAGGUUGACACGGUUCCAGUUUUUCUUUUUUUUUUUUCUUUUUUUUUUACAUUGUUAUUAUCUUUUUUUUUUAUACUGGCAGCACAACCACAGUCGUCCCUGAGCUGCUUGAGGUCUCUGAUCAGAGUGGAAAGUGUUGAGGGUUGGUCAGUCAUUUUCCCCUCUCCAGUGGGUUGAAUUGAAACUUCCUGGCCCCUGAAUAGCUGGAGAAGUGUCGUGUGUGUGUGAGUGUGUGUGUGUGUGUGUGUGUGUGUGUGUGUGUGAGAUGUGCUUGUGUCAUUCAACAGUACAUCGGGGCAAAGCUGCAUCCAUGGACGAGUACUGACGGAAGCUGCGGCCAUUUUGCUCUCUUUUUUUUGGAUUUUGAGUUGUGCUUUUUUUUUUUUAAGGCUUUCUGUCACUAACUGCAGGCGACGUCUCGUCACUCAGGAAGCUGUGAAGUUGGAAGUCUGAGGAACCUUUGGUCUCUUGAUUUUGGAGUAGAAUACACUUUUUGAAUGUUUAAUGACUAACCUGAUCUGUGUUAAACAGGUGCAUAUGCAAGUGGUUAUCAAAUACCUCAUUUAUCAAUUUCAUGUCGUUGUUUUUGGCUUGUACAAUGCUCCGUAUAUUAAUUCAACUGUGGGGUUUGUGCAUAUUUUUGUACUGUUAUAAUUAUUAUGGACAUGACAAUAAUAUUACUGAUAUUAUUAUAGUUUUCUCUUUGAUUAAUGCAAACAAAAAAAUGGAACAAAACACAAGAAUGCUUGUAAAAAAAACUGGUUUGUGCUGAUUGUAUUUAAGAGGAGCACUUUUCCAAAGUGGUUUUCAGACAUUCAGUUUUGUUCAUAUUAGUUAAUAUAAAGAUAUGGUUCUCAGGGCUUUAAACUUGUAUGUCAUGAUAAAGUUUUACUUUAUAUCUUG